ACAACCGGAGUGGGGGAGAGUUUAUAAAACGUCUCUGCUUUAAUCCACAUUUUCAGCAGCAACGCUCGAGUGGAGGCCACGUGUUUGCAGACGGACCAGAACCAGAACCAGGAAAUGGACCAGAACCAGGACCAGGACCAGAACCAGAACCAGAACCAGGACUCCUCAUCCAGCAGGACUAAAGCUGCUGGUCUGCAGAAUCAUAAAGGAAGACCCAAAAGAUACUGCUGUGAUCAUUGCGAGCAAGUCUUCACCACUUCAUCAAACCUGAAGAUCCAUAAGAAAACUCACACUGUUGAUGAACUGUCCAGCUGUGAUCACUGCGGGGUGGCUUUUACCCGACAAUUUGAUCUAAUAAACCACCAACGUAUUCACACUGGAGGAGACAAGCCUUACAGGUGUGAUCAGUGUGGAGCGGCUUUUGCCCACCAAAGUUCUCUAACGACUCACCAACGCAUUCACACUGGAGAGAAGCCUUACAGCUGUGAUCAGUGUGGAGCGGCUUUUGCCCAACAAGGUUCUCUAAGGAAACAUCAACGUAUUCACACUGGAGACAAGCCUUACAAGUGUGAUCAGUGUGGAACGGCUUUUGCCCGGAAAAGUCACCUAACGACUCACCAACGCAUUCACACUGGAGACAAGCCUUACAGGUGUGAUCAGUGUGGAACGACUUUUGCCCAACAAGUUUCUCUAACGAGACAUCAACGUAUUCACACUGGAGACAAGCCUUACGGAUGUGAUCAGUGUGGAGCGGCUUUUGCCCAACAAGUUUCUCUAACGAGACAUCAACGUAUUCACACUGGAGAAAAGCCUUACAGGUGUGAUCAGUGUGGAGCGGCUUUUGCCCGACAAGGUGCGCUAACGAGUCACCAACGUAUUCACACUGGAGACAAGCCUUACAGAUGUGGUCAGUGUGGAGCGGCUUUUGCCCGGGAAAGUCACCUAACGACUCACCAACGUAUUCACACUGGAUUCAAGCCUUACAGAUGUGGUCAGUGUGGAGCGGCUUUUGCCGAGCAAGGUGAUCUAACGAGACAUCAACGUAUUCACACUGGAGAAAAGCCUUACAGAUGUGAUCAGUGUGGAGCGGCUUUUGCCCGACAAGGUUCUCUAACGAGUCACCAACGUAUUCACACUGGAGAGAAGCCUUACAGCUGUGAUCAUUGUGGAGUACGUUUUGUCACAUCAAGUAAUCUAAGGAGUCACCAACGUAUUCACACUGGAUAAAAAGUGUACAUUUGUGAUCAUUGCUGAUUUAAUUUAACAUUGGUUAAAUUCUAAUGCAACAGAAGUUCAGUACCAGUGCAGUACACUUGUAAUGUCAGUGCAAUACCGGUUCAGUUCCAAUGCAGUACUAUUUCUAUUUCUGUACCUGUCAGGGUUUGACAUUUCAUGUUGACAUCUCCUGUUUUAUUUUGAAGCCCAUGUCCUUGUGUUUAAAUUCUUGUCUGACCUUCCUGUUUCCAUCUGCACCUGUGUCUCAUUAACCUACACUACCAAGGUUGUGACUGGGAGAGUAUUAAAGAUUAGGAUUUUUUGAGCUAGCCAGGAGUUGAACCUAGAAUCUUCUGAUCCGUACUCAGACGCGUUAUCCAUUGCCCCACUAGCCCUUUUUGGUUUGAACAUGUGGAAACACACGUGGUGUAACAACUCAGAUGUCCCAACCAAAGUAGAUGGCAGUGGCCAAAG